AUGAGGGUGGGCAAUAGCCAGACCGAUUCAACCCCCCACCCCCUCGACCCUCUGGGCCUGUUAGAGACGAUCAGACGUCUUUCUCACCCCAUAUUCCCACGGCUUCUGGAGUCGUACUACCACACGGGCGAGCUGCACCUGAUUUGGGAACCGAUGGAGAUCACAGUGAACUACAUUUUAACCGCCCGGUGGCCGGUCAACGAGACCGAGCUGGCAUACAUUCUCCGGUCGACCCUUGACGGCAUUAGAUUCCUUCGGGAUCAGGGAAGAGCAUUGGCCAUCCUAGAGGCGGAGACAAUCCUCUUGGACCGAAGCGGCCAUGUCCGCCUUGCUGGGGUGGAACAGAGCUACCAGAUCUCAGCAUCCGAUAUGAAUGCCGAGACGCUGAAAUUGAACGCACUAGCAACAAUCACGAGGGGUCUAAUGGCCACUGGUGCAGGACAGGUCAGAUGGAGCUCUAAGGUCCGAGCCUUCCUCGAAAAUCUGACCACCAAGUCUUUGGAUGAGUUGAUGCAGGAUACAUUUCUCGAAGCAGCAACGGACGAAAGAGAUCUAAAGCUGGAGGCAUACUCUUUGGCUAUCACGGCAGCAAGCGAGAUGCAUCGGGACACCCGUAUCCAGCAUCUCAAGCCACGUAACGGCCUACAUCAGUUUGGUCUCAAAAGUGCCCUCGCGCCGAACGAUGACUCCGUGAAAAACUGUUUCAUUCACCAGCUCUACCAGUAG